AUAAAACACAACAAAUCAUAAACCCGGCGGAGCAGCAGCGGCCACGCGCGCCUCCCCUCCCAAUGAGUUCCUAUUUCGUGAACUCCACCUUCCCCGUCACUCUGGCCAGCGGGCAGGAGUCCUUCCUGGGCCAGCUCCCGCUCUACUCGUCGGGCUAUGCGGACCCGCUGAGGCACUACCCCACGCCCUACGGGCCCGGGCCCGGGCAGGACAAGGGCUUUGCAGCUUCCUCCUAUUACCCGCCGGCCGGCAGCGGCUACGGCCGGGCGGCGCCCUGCGACUACGGGCCGGCGCCGGCCUUCUACCGCGAGAAGGAGUCGGCCUGCGCGCUUUCGGGUGCCGACGAGCCGCCCCCGUUCCACCCGGAGCCGCGGAAGUCCGACUGCGCGCAGGACAAGAGCGUGUUCGGCGAGACGGAGGAGCAGAAGUGCUCCACCCCGGUCUACCCCUGGAUGCAGCGGAUGAAUUCAUGCAACAGUUCCUCCUUUGGGCCCAGUGGCCGGCGAGGCCGCCAGACCUACACGCGCUACCAGACGCUGGAGCUGGAGAAGGAGUUUCACUACAAUCGCUACCUGACGCGGCGGCGGCGCAUCGAGAUCGCGCACGCCCUGUGCCUGACGGAAAGGCAGAUCAAGAUCUGGUUCCAGAACCGGCGCAUGAAGUGGAAAAAGGAGAGCAAACUGCUCAGCGCGUCUCAGCUCAGUGCCGAGGAGGAAGAAGAAAAACCAGCCGAAUGAAGGCGCUGGAAGGGGGCGGGGGGACGCGAAGGGAGAGGCCUUUGGGGAGCCGAGGGCAUCGGAGAGCCCCGAGAAGGCUCUGCGGGCGGGGGAGCCUGGGGACCUGCUCUCCAGCGCGCGACUGGCAGGGCCACUGCUCUCCGGGACGCCCCCGCCCACAGAGCUCUCGCUGGGCGCUGGGAGGCCGCGCUGCCUGAGCCCAGCCAGCACCCCAGCGCCCCCUCCAUCCCCGUGGAACCUCCUCAGCCCAAAGAGGCUCCCCCGUGAGAACUGAGGGCCGGACUCACUUGAUGUUUCCUGGAAGCAGAGCAAAAUGCUCUUGUCCGUGUCGCGUCUCAUUUCGUCCAUGUCCCCCGUGCACGGUUCAAUGGUAGAUUCGCAGUCCCCUCGGCGGGGGCCUCGAAGACUCCCUGACCCCAGACCUCUCUCCCAGCCCCUCCCCAAAGCCACUGGAAGGAGCACAUACUACCUAGAAGUAAGAAGAGGAGCCUCAGAAGAAAACAAAGUUCUAUUUUAUUAAUUUUCUAUGUGUUGUGUUUGUAGUCUUGUCUUAGCUCUGGACGUGAAAUACU